AUGGCAGAAACCUCUCCAGCUGCUCCCACCAGCGCUCCGGCUAAGGCGCCGAAGAAGAAGAAGACAAGUUUGAAGCCAAAGAAGACCAGCCCUAGCGUGUCUGAUUUGAUCGUGAAGGCUGUGUUGGCUUCAAAUGAGUGCCAUGGGUUAUCUUUAGCCAGGCUCAAGAAGGCUUUUGCUGCUGGUGGCUACGAUGUGGAGAAGAACAACAUCCGUGUGAAACUGGCCAUAAAAAGCAUGGUUAGCAAAGGGGCUCUGGUGCAGACUAAAGGUGCCUCUGGGUCCUUUAAGAUCAAUAAGAAGCAAGCAGAGGCAAAGGAGAAAGCAGGUAAGGAAAAUGAGGCCCCGAAGAAGAAGCCAGUGGCCAAACUCAACCCUAUAGGGGCCCGUGGUCACCGCCACGGGGAACCCAAAUGCCUGAGGUACCCUGGCCCUCAGCACUUCCGCCACACCCAGGAGUGCUGGGGCAAAGAAGACCAGGGAUACCCGGAGUGA